AAAAUGUGUGGCGAUUAAAAAUGGCGUCCCUUCUUUGAGUUGAGUUGUCCCUUUCGCACUUAAAUACGGCGGUUUAAUAUCAAUUUUAUGUUAUCAAACAAGCAUUUUUGCUUUUAUUAAAGCAGCAGUUAGUGAAGUGGCUAUAUUUAGUUUAAUUUCUUCUCAUUAAAACAUUAAUCUGCAGGAAAAAUGCUGUCAAAUGGGUGCGGCGUACCUCUGUUUACUGUAGUUACUUUUAUUUCCAAAUAUUUAAAUAAUAUCACGUCCCAGCGUAUUUUAUGCGCGUUUUAGUGCAAUUACAUAGUGUAACAAAUAAAAAUGGACAAGAAAAACAAAAAGAAAACUGUGAUAAAACGGAAAAGUGACGAUCCUGGGGAAAGCGAGAAGAAAAAAAUUAUGGUGAGCCGAGCUAAGACUCAGGAGGACAAAGACAAAGUGGAGGUUGUAAAUCAAGUUGUGGAGGUGCCUGUGGAGCAAGGGCAGCAGAUAGUGCAUACCGGGCAGCUGGUGGAAGGGAAUUUCGAGCAGCCCGUGUUCGUGAAUAUGAAAGGAGAGCCUGUCCAACUGGGACCAAAUACAGUGAUACUUUACGAACAAAGCGGUAAUCCCUCGAACUUUGCGUUUGGUGGAAUGUGGACUAUGGACUCUUCGGGCCGCAUUGUGAUGGCGGAGACCAUUUAUGAUGUAAAAGGGGAGCCAGAGGAGGAGGGAACUACUUUUGUACAGGGCACACCUGAAGUUAGCAAUCAACAAGUAGAGGAACAGCCUAACACUUACCAGCAGUAUGAGAUGAGCAACAACCAACAGACUGUGGAGACUCCGCAAGAGUAUGAGGUGGCCAUCAUUGAGAACCCACCUACGGAGAAUGCUGAAAGCUCUGAGCCAUCGGUGAUCACAACGGAGGAACAGCUGGUAGCCACGGGCACCGGUGCCGUCCGCUGGCUCAACCAGAAGUAUGAUUUCGUUGUGAGGAAACUCCAGCUUAACUAUGAUGCCGGAGUGAAGCUACUGCAUUCGCCAUCAGGCUGUAUCCAGUGUGUGUACCUCACAACUCCAAGCAUGCAGAUGGCCUUCAACGCAGUUCCUCAGUUCCUCUGCAUUGAAACAGGCAUCGAAUUCAACAGCACCAUCCCAACAGUGGGCGGGACGGGCAGUCCCAGCGUGAAGCACAACGUGACGCUGUUCCUGGCUGAAGACGGGAACGGGAAGUCGGUCAUCGUCAGCGCGGGCAUAUCGGCGUUGAUUGGCGACGACCUGACUUGGCUGCUCGACACUUUCAAGUCGUGCAACCCGGCAUGGCGGCAGGUGCGGUGCGUCGUGGCGGACCCUACCAAAUGUCAGCAGUCGGUCCGCGCGGCGUUCCCGUCGUCGCACGUGACGUGCUCCGUGUGGCAGGCCGCGCGCGCCUGCGCCCGGCUCUGCGGGGACUGGGCGCGGAGGGAGGACGCCUCGCUCGCGCCCGACGACGUCGCCGCCCGGACCAAGACCUACGCCCUGGCCCUGCUGAGGGGGGAACACACACCGGCUCAGCUGCAGGUCCUGAAACGAGGCAUCAUCGGCACCGGAGCCGGCACGCUGCGCCUGUGGGAGUCGCUCACCAGGCCGGGGGGCGCCGUCGCCAAGCUGGACUCGUGGCUGGAGCCAGACAACUAUACUAACAUACUGCACAAGGGUCUCGAACGACUGGUGACGAAGUUCCAAACCCUGGUCCGCAGUCAGAUGCAGCCUGAUGAGUUCGUGUCUCUGUUCUUCAACGUGGCCAACCAGUUGGAAGAUGAGCGACGAAGCUUCGCAGUCAGCAGACUCCGGGACACGGAGACACUGAAACAGUCACCCACGGACACCAUAACGCAGUACGCGUACAACCUGAUGUCUCACCAGACCAAGAUCGCGCAGAAGUGCCUUGACGACCGGGCUGGAAGAAGACACAGCAGUGUGGCCAUCUGCAAGUACGGCACGUCCACCCAGGAGUGCUCCUGUCUCUUCAGCAAGGUGUUCCGGCUGCCCUGCCGCCACAUCCUCAUGCUGACCACCGAGCUUAAGGUGAAGACCCACAUCCCGUUCGAGCCGCGCUGGACGGUGCAGCAUUGCCUGUUCGGCUGCGAGAGCGCCGCGCCGCAACCCGCCGCGGGCGCCAACUACAUGGAGCAGGUGGUAGUGGAGGCCGACGCCACGCACCGGCAGCCUGUGCAGCAGCAGCAGAUACACCAGGUGGGCGGCGUCCGGCAGCAGUACGUGCUGGCGGCGCCGGGCGGCCAGCAGGCCAACCCGCAGGUGCAGCAGGUGAUCUUCUGCGGCGGCGGCGUGGCCGUCAGCGCGGCGUCGCCCGCCAUCACGUCCGCGCUGCCGCUCGCUCAGGCCGUGCUCGCGCCGCACCAGUUACACCAGUAACACCACAC